AUGGUGGCGCCUUCGCGGGGCCUCCUUUCUGUCUUUCGCAAUUCCACCCCCUAUCAGAAUGGAGCUUCCUUCGCACGACGCGCCCUAUCAUGCUCAUCGUUUUCCGAGAUGCUGGCGGAUCCAGCACAUAAGGUACAGAGCUACCUUUCGCAAAGCAGGGAUCCGUACUUGAACCUGUCCAUCGAGGACUACAUACUACGCACCUCACCUGCCGAUUCGACCGUUCUUAUGCUCUAUGUCAACCGACCCUGCGUAGUUAUUGGUAGAAACCAGAAUCCCUGGUCCGAGGUCAAUCUCGCCAUUCUACGUUCCAAGCAACAACAGCAACACACAUUGGGCGACGUACAUCUUGUGCGGAGACGAUCUGGCGGCGGCACUGUCUUUCAUGACGAGGGAAACCUGAACUGGAGCAUCACAUGUCCACGCAGCCAGUUCACGCGUGAUGCUCAUGCUGAAAUGGUUGUGCGAGCUCUUCGGAAGCUGGGUGUUGAUCGUGCCAGAGUCAACGAGCGGCAUGAUAUUGUACUCGAUCAGGGGCCCAGGCGGGCAGGUGUGCAUUCCGAUGGGGAUACACAUCAAACUCCGUAUACAGUGGCGGACCAAGAGGGACCCAGGCCGCUCAAAGUGUCGGGCUCCGCAUACAAGCUCACAUCGGCAAGAGCUCUCCACCAUGCGACCACUCUUCUUGCCUCGCCGAAUCUGCCUCUUAUAUCGCACUAUCUGCGGUCGCCUGCCAAGAGUGCCAUACAAGCCAAGGGUGUGGAGAGUGUAAGCUCCCCUGUGAGCAAUAUCGGUUUAGACGUAGAGCUGUUUCAAACUCGCCUGCAGGAAGAGUUUGCUGCUGUGCACGCAUCUGCUGGACAGUGUCCCAGCGUGCAGAUGGUCGGCGAAGAACAUCUGAAUAUCCCAGCUAUUAGGAAGGGGUACGAAGAACUCCGGACGGAAGAUUGGAUGUGGUCACAGACGCCACAGUUCACCCUUUCUCUACAGCCCUAUCUCGAUUUAGAGAUCAGUGUACGCCACGGUGCCAUUGAAAAGCUUGAUGGCGAUUCUUCCAUGAUGGAAGAAUGGCGAAGUAUUCUUGUGGGACAGAAGCUCCAACAUGUCCGUGACUGGAAUGCGUUUUUGCGGAGUCGCAUGCGCACUUGGACCAACGAAUGUGCCGUGCUAGCAAAUCAUCUGGCUGUGAAUUUGCCGGUACCGGAGCUCUCCAUUGAGAAUUGA